UCUUCCUCUUCUAUUACUUUUCCCUCCCUCCUUUCCCCUGUCUGUUCUUAUAGUCUUUCUCUCUCCCACUCUCGCUGUUCUCCCAGCCUUUCUCCUUCGCUGCGCUCUAACAACAAUGGCUGUCUGUGUGGCUGUCGUCGCCAAAGAGAAUUACCCCCUCUACAUCAAAACCAUUCCAACGGACAACGAACUCAAGUUCUAUUAUACAGUCCAUACAUCUUUAGAUGUGGUUGAAGAGAAAAUUUCUUCUGUUGGUAAAAACACCAAUGACCUGCGGGAACUCUACCUUGGAUUGCUUUAUCCAACUGAAGACUAUAAAGUGUAUGGCUAUGUGACCAAUACCAAAGUGAAAUUUGUGAUUGUGGUCGAAUCAUCCAAUACGUCAUUGCGAGACAAUGAAAUCAGAAGUAUGUUUAAAAAACUCCACAAUGCAUAUGUUGAUAUGCUUUGCAAUCCAUUCUACACUCCAGGGGAAACCAUCACUUCCAAAUCUUUUGAAAAUGUAAUUAAUUCUAUGAUGCAACAAGAGUGAGAAUAUUAUAUUCCUUGAAGAAUGGUCAGAUAUAAUGAGUUGUGUUGUUGUUGUUGAUGAUGAUGAUGUCAUCAGCUCACAGCAAAGAGGAAGAAAAUAUAAAGCCUGCUGUCUGUUUUACUCUAACCAUUAUUUGAAGAAUAACAUGUCUGAAAGUUGUAGCAUGAUUUAUCUUACAGACGGCAUUAGAUUAUUUAUAUUUCAAUUUCAAGGUUUUCAUGUGGACAAUGACAAGGGUUUGUGUUACAAAUCAAUGUGGACUCCCUAAGGAAUUUUGGUUGAGGUGGGAGAAAAACUUGGCAUUCACUUCAGCUCUGAGCACUUCUGGACAUUUUCUUCACAAAGCCGGAAUACAUUCCAUUAUAGAGAACACUGGUCUCACACCUGAAAUGGCAAAUUGCAUUCUUCUGUUGUUGUUACCUGAAGUCAACGCUCCCAAACCAACUCUAGUCACCUCUACACCAAUCCACCAUAAUCUUGUACCGUUUUGACUCAGCUGCCUGUUGUUGUUAUUGUACUACUACUGCUACUACUACUACUACUACUACUACUACUACUACUACUAGUAUUGUAGGCUGCACAAUGCAGCUGUAUUCUAAUGUCACUGGAGGAAAGGAAAAAGCAUUGCUUCUCCAAAAUAUGCUGACUGCUUCUUUUGCCCUGCACCUAACUCAUUUGCAUAACACACACACACUCUUCCCCUCCCUCCCUAUCUCUCUCCUCCAAAGCUUCUCUCUCUUUGUUCUUUUAAGCUACACAGAAAACAUCACAACACAACUCCUUGAUUCCAUAAAGCUUAAUUUAUCUUGUAUAACUCCUGUCACCACUUAUAUUCUAAACCUGCCAUAAACAGUCAGCUAUGAGGUUCUCCCUUCAAUUCACCCCCACCAUCUCUUCCCUCUUUGCCCACUCAUUUUCUAAACCCUUCUGAUCCCAGAGGUGUCUCUGCCUCCCUAGACAUGAUGACAAAACAAAAACAAAAACAAAAAACUGAAAACAAAAUAAAAUUUAACUGCACAAUCAACAGUUGUUGCUGUAUAAUGUUGUAAAUAAAAUAUACUGACUUUUCAUCCUAAAUAUUUACUACGAGAAUGAGAACAUUUAAAUUAAAAGGAAUGUCUGAAAAAAUAUUUAAAAAAAGAAAUCUUUGUUUCUUUGAAGUUAAAAAAACAAAUGUGUUUUGCAUUGAGAAGCAUUAUGGAAUGGUUUGGUGUUGAUAAACCUAAUCUAAGUGGCAUGGGUUCAAUUUCUUGUUGCAGCGAGUUCACUUACUCUCUAAAUACUCUUUGAAAAGGCACGAACGUCACAACAUCCAUUUUCAUUCCUUUGAGUAAAUUGAUCCAUUCACCUGUUGAUUGUUGUUUCAUGUGGGUGGUUGUGUGGUUAAGAAACUUGCCUCUCGACCAUGUGGUUCUGGGUUCAGUCCCACUGUGUAGCACCUUGGGCAAGUGUCUUCUAUGGCCCUGGGUCAGCCAGAGCCUUGUGAGUGGAUUUAGUAGUCUGACAAAUCAUCUAUAAAGCUUGGCACUUUAUGGAUGUGAAACAAUUGACCACUCUAUGAGGGGAGGACAUAUAUUUAGCUUCAGGUGAAUACUUUAUUGCUCUACCUUUAGAGUGUGUGUAGGCUUUAAGUUUCAAGGGAAACAACUAUUCCUAAAGGACGUUUAUGAUAAUGGUUAUUCCCCUUAGACAAAGUACAUAUUUUUACUUUUUCGUUUUUUUUUUUGAUCAGUUGAUUUUUCUUGAUUAGUUCAUUUAAAUCGAAAUUAAUUGAAUAGAAAAACAAACAAACAAAAAGCAGCAGCAACAACUCUUACUGCGUUUGUUAGGGUAAUACAGUUUUUCGAUAGCCUCUGUUGAAAGAUCGCUGUUUUCCAGACGUUUGUAGUCAUUUUCGUCCUUGUUUGAUACAGUCACAGGAUAUCAGAGUAUUCGGUCUUCUUUGGCUGUGAGUGGGAUUUAGUCGAUAGAAGUAAUUCUGAAGUUCAUCGUGUGUGUAAUAUAUAUUUAGAGAAUAUAACCGGUUCAGAAGGUUACCCAGGGUUUUAAGUCCUAGACAAACAGCUUAUUUGCCAUGAAACCACCUCAAUUCUGGGAAGAGGGUAUUUUCAAGUUAAAGGAAAGAUGGAGACGCAUUGUGCAACACAAUGGUUCAUAUUUGCUUGAAUAAAAAUGUAAUGGCAAGUAUUUAUUGACCUUUUUCUUUCCUUUAUAAAUCAGCACGAACUUUCCGGACAACCCAAUAUUUGAUGGGCUUCUUUCAGUUUCCACCUAUCAAAAUCCACUCAUCAGCUUCGGGUCACCUGAGGUGAUAUUAGAAGGCACCUGAGGUGUCACACAGUAGGACUGAACUUGGGACCAUGGGGUUGGGAAGGAAACUCCUUACCACACAGCCUGCACCAAUUUUUAUUCUUUUAUUGGUUUCAGCCAUUUGACUGUGGCCCUGGUGGAGCACCACCUAUAGUUGAACAAAUUGACCCCAGGACUUAUUCUAUCAGUCUCUUUUUUUUUUUGCCGAACUACUAAGUUAUGGGGAUGGAAACACACCAACAUCGGUUGUCAAGCGAUGGUGGGUGGGGGACAAACACAGACAUCCCCUUGCCAGUGGCACAUAAAAAGACCAUCUGAAUAUGGUCGAUGCCAGCCUCCUUGCCCUGACUGGCUCCUGUGUUGGUGGCACGUAAAAAGCCCCAUCCAAUCGUGGUCGAUGCCAGCCCCCUGUGGCCCCUGUGCCGGUGGCAUGUAAAAAGCACCCACUACACUCUCAGAGUGGUUGGCAUUAGAAAGGGCAUCCAGCUGUAGAAAAGCUGCCAGAUCAGAUUGGAGCGUGGUGCAGCCUCCUGGCUUCCCAGAUCCCAGUUGAACCAUCCAGCCUAUGCCAGCAUGGAAAAUGGAUGUUAAACGAUGAUGAUGAUGAUGAUAUACGAUGGGCUUCUUUCAGUUUCUAUCUACCAAACCCACUCACCAAGUUUUGGGUUACCUGAGAUAAUAUUAGAAAACACUUGCCCAAGGUGUCACACAGUGGGACUGAACCCGGAACCAUGUGGUUGGGAAGCAAGCGUCUUACCACACAACAUCAUUGAUUACUUUUCUUUUUUCAUUUUGUCUUCUAAUUAAGUUUGUAAUUUUAAUUGAUUAAAAGUAUCGUGUGUUAAGUA